UUGAAAUAAACUCAGUUCUUGAAAAUGUUGUCGCAUCCAGUUUGGAAGAAUAACAAUGUACUUCUUUUAUUGCUCGUACUCGGCUUUGGGUGUCCACUGUUAGCGUUGAACAUCGAUCUAGACAAGCGCAAUGAGUGCGUUGAGGGCGCUGUCCAGUCUCAUCCAGAUGACUGUGCCCGCUAUUUGCAGUGUCUAAAUUCAGCAAUUGUAAUUCAAGCAUGCCCCAACGGCAGCUACUUUGAUGCAACUUACGAAGUGUGCGUCAUCGAUGUGAAUGGGGUCUGUGCCUCCGCAUCUGGAAAAUGUUCGGAAGACCAGAUAGAAGUGAAUCCCGGGAACAGUUGCGGUUACUUGCGAUGCAUAAAUGGCAGUCUCAAGGAAGAGCAAUGUAAUAUUGGUAGCUACUUCAACGCCAGUCUGAGCAUCUGCGAGAUCGAUGAAAAUGGAAUAUGUUCCACCUUUCCUGGGAAUUGUUCGGAAGGUGAGCUGCAGAAGGAUCCUGAAGAUUGUGCCGGCUACCUGAAGUGCAUUAAUGGAAGUCUCUUUGAGGAAAAGUGUUCCAAUGGCAGCUUUUUCAAUAUCACUCUUAAGAUCUGUCAAAUCGAUGAGAAUGGUGUCUGUACUCCAGCUCCUGAAAAAUGUUUGGAAGAUGAGAUUAAGGAGAUUCCCGGAAAUAGUUGCGGUUACUUACGAUGCAUUAACGGGCGCCUUGAGGAGGAGAAGUGCGAUAUUGGUAGCUACUUCAAUUCCAGCCUCCUGAUAUGUGAGAUCGAUGAGAAUGGAAUAUGUACCAACCUUCCCGGGAAUUGUUCGGAAGGAGAAUUGCAGGAAGAUCCUGGGAAUUGUGCCGGUUACCUGAAGUGCAUUAAUGGAAGCCUUAUCGAGGAAAAGUGUGUCAAUGGUAGCUUCUUUAAUUCCACUCUUAAGAUCUGUGCGAUCGAUGAGAACGGCAUAUGUUCUACAAAUCCAAUAAAAUGCUUAGAGGGUGAACUAGAGGAGGAUCCUAAGGAUUGUGCCGGUUACCUGAAGUGCAUUAAUGAAAGCCUUAUCGAGGAAAAGUGUGUCAAUGGUAGCUUCUUUAAUUCCACACUUAAGAUCUGUACGAUCGAUGAUAAUGGAGUGUGUAUUUCUACUCAUGAAAAAUGCUUGGAAGAUGAGAUUAAGGAGAUUCCCGGAAAUAGUUGCGGUUACUUAAAAUGCAUUAACGGCAGCCUUGAGGAGGAGAAGUGCGAUAUUGGUAGCUACUUCAAUUCCAGCCUCCUGAUUUGUGAGAUCGAUGAGAACGGAAUAUGUUCUUCCCUUCCUGUAUGCGCGGAAGGUCAACUGGAAGAGGAUCCUGAGGAUUGUUCUGGUUACUUGGAAUGUGUUAAUGGAAGCUACAUCGAAAAGAAGUGUGCCAGUGGUAGCUUUUUCAAUGCUACUCUUCAGACCUGUGAGAUUGACGAAAAUGGAAUCUGUUUUCCUAUUCCAGCAAAAUGUUCAGAGGGUGAGCUUCAGGUAGAUCCCGAGAAUAAUUGUGGAUAUCUAAAGUGCCUCAAUGGAGUCCUGGUAGAAAUGAUAUGUGCUAAUGGUAGCUAUUAUAAUUCUACUUUAAAAACCUGUCUUAUCGAUGAGAAUGGAAUCUGUUUGUCGGCUGGUAACAAAUGUGCAAAUCACGAGGUUAGACACGAUCCCGAGGACUGCUCUGGCUAUUUGCAGUGUAUCAACGGCGAAUUGGUUAAGAAACUCUGCUCAUAUGGAAGCUAUUUUCACACAACUCUUCAGAGCUGUGUCGUGGACGAUGAAGGUAUUUGCACUCCAUUGUCAGAUCAAUGUGAGGAAGGUGAACGUGAGACAGACCCUGACGACUGUGCCGCCUAUAUGGAGUGCAUCGCUGGCGAUUUCAUAGCACAGAAAUGUGUAAAUGGCACUUACUUUGAUGUAGAUAUAAAAGCCUGUAUUUUGGAUGAGAAAUGUGUUUGUAUAACGCAGGCAAACUAAGGGCAAUACCAGUUUUCCAUGAUUAAAUAAAUAAUAUGUUAAAUUUCUUUAGUUCCUUCA